CAAACACGCGCAGCAGAUCAGAUCACAUCACACCAGACCGAGCCGUUCCCGCAUCGGGAUCGUGCAGUUUUAUACCGUUCUUGUUUCCAUAUCGGAGUUUGUGCAUGUGCAGAUAUUCGGAUUAACAGAUGGAGGGCUGUUAGUGAAUGAACAGGCUCGUUUAAAGCGCUUUAUCCAGGACGUGUCUGAAGCUUUGAUGUGCAUGCUGAUGCGAGAUCAGAUUACAGGCAUCAGCAUCAGACCGCAGGCUUUCAUCUGAGCUUUUACUUCAGAGCUGGACACGGGACGGGUUCAGACCUCAGCAGCGAGCGCACUGGAUCAGUUUACCGCAGGAGACGGCGAUCUCACGAGCGACUCGUUACCGUGUACUGUAUGGGUGAAAGACCUUUCACAAUGCCCCGCGCUCUGAUCCUCUCCAGUUUUCCUCUUCAGAGGAUACUCGUCCUUCCACUGUGUGUUAUGUUUGCAGUAAUGGCCGAGGAGAGAAGAGAUUGCAGGGAGCAGGAAUACCAGGAUAAGUCUGGAAACUGUAUUCCCUGCCGGCAGUGUGAUGCUGGACAAGAGCUUUCCAAGGAAUGUGGCUUUGGCUUUGGGGAGGAUGCCCAGUGUGUGCCCUGCAGAGCCAGUCGCUUCAAAGAGGACCGCAGCCUGCAGAAAUGCAAGCCCUGUCUGGACUGUUCCCUCCUCAACCGCUUCCAGAAGGGGAACUGCUCCACCACCAGCAACGCCGUGUGCGGAGACUGUCUGCCCGGAUUUUACAGAAAGACGAAGUUGAGAGGAUUCCAGGACAUGGAGUGUAUCCCGUGCGGAGAUCCGCCGCCAGCGUAUGAACCAAACUGUAUGGGGCGAGUAGAUUUUGUACCUGUCCAGCCUGCGGUGACCAGCCCCAGAGACAUGGCUCUAGCAGCGGUCAUCUGCAGCGCGCUGGCCACCGUCCUGCUCGCCCUCUUCAUCCUGUGCGUCAUCUACUGUAAGAGACAACUGCUGGAGAAGAAACCAGUUUCACCGAGGUCCCAUGAGGGUCCUUAUGUGGGGUCCGAGUUGUCUUGUCUGGAGUUUUCCCAGCGACCUUGUUGUCAGUGUCGUCCCGGAUCAGGACAGGCCUGCGGUCCUGUGCACCUGAUCCAGAGCCGCGGCAGAGAGACUCGUCCCUUUCACUCUCACAGCAGUCUCAAUGAAGGUUUGGUGAAUCUGUCACUGGGAAGCAGCCAGGCAGAUGUGGGAUGUGCACCUGAUGAGGCCUGGCCUCUCGUUCAGAGCGGCGCAAUCUUAGACGCCCCCCAGAGCAGCUCCUCGUGUGAUGAGGAUGAGGAUGAGGAAGGAGCACCUCAGAGCUCAGGUCUGGGACCAGUCAAACACUCGGCUCCUACAGCCACAGCUGUCUGCGACUGAAGGAUGACCUGCUCUUAUCUCACCUGUUGCAGAUCUCCGAGAGCCACUCUGGAUGAAGAAAGAGCAAAGGAAGAUCCCACCUCAGAUUACAUCAAAAGAAAGAGACAAAAGAAAGCAGUAGAUGUUUAGUUCGGUCUUCCUGUUGAGGUGGAUGAAGUUCAGGUUCAGCUGCAGUCGACCUGAACUGGUUUGCAUUGCCCUUUGCAGUACAUUGCAGUUCCAUUGAUCAACCUGUGCGUGUGUGUGUGUGUGUGCUGAACUGUAGAUAUUGUAUUAUAGGAAAUAGAAGGACAAUAUUUUUAUAAUAUACUGUAGAUGCCCAUCUUGUGCCUUCACUCUUGUUUUUCGUAAUGAUGUAUUGCGAAUUCAUACAAAAGAUAUGAAUUCUGCUGCUCGUCAAAUUUGUAAAUAAAACUUGAUAAGCUUU